GAUUGUAUAAAUGCAAAUUUAUAAAGCUCAGUACUCGAACUAUGCAAAACCGUUAAAGAUAAACUUAAUAUUCAUUAGAUAAGAUAUAACUGAAUAUAUCAAACACUUAGCGGGUUCCAUCGACAUGGCUGGUGUUUCCAAGCGUCUGUGGCUAUCUGUCGUAAUUCUAUGCGUAUUGCAAAACCAACACCAAGUGCGUGGAUCAUGUCCGGAUCAAGACAAAUCAUUAAAGAGAUGGUCAAGUGACGCAUCAUGGCCCGAUGGCAAGAAGCCAGGAUUGAAUGAUGAAGUGAAUAUUGACUCUGCAAUCUUAUUGGAUGAGAGUCCACCUGAACUACACCACAUCACAAUACAACCCAAUGGUCGACUGGUCUGGAGUCAAGAAGGUGACUUCAACCUUACCCUGAAACAUAUCUUGGUUUUUGGCAGUAUGGAGAUUGGUUCAGAAGACUGUACUUUCAAAAGAAAAACUCACAUUUUGCUGAGAGGUAUGAGAGGACAAUACUCUAUAUCUAUUGGUGAACACCUGUUUGGUGAAAAGUUUAUUGGUAUUGCGCCUGGUGGUACCUUGGAAAUCCACGGUGAAAAGAAAUUAUCUUGGACAAAAUUAACAAAAACGGUACCAAAAUUAAUACCAUCAAAUGGUCUCGUUUUCAAUCACCAGGAUUCCUCCUCUGCAAAAAUGAACAGUAGAAAAGCUGGUAUUGUGGUUUAUGCGUUUGACCACAUAAAUGCAAGAGUAAUGUCCUCUAGAUUUUACGACAUUGGUAGUAUUCCAAGAUUAUCUAGAACUGAUUCCUCUGAUUUGACUCGAUUUAUCAAUGAUGUGCCACAUGACGAGAUAAUUGCAUUGGCAUUGAACCAAAAUGUGGAGCACCCUGCUGUAGAUCUUAAACCAGUGUUUCGAGCUUUGAGAGGGCUCGGAUUUAAUCUCGAAUAUGAAAUAACACAUGGGCACUCUAACGAUGCCGUCGUUUUCAUUGCUCAAAAAGGUCAUCCUCACAACACAAAACAGGCUUUGAGUCCAUAUGUAAAAACUGAUUUCCAGCAUGCUACAGCAACAUUAACUGUUGGCAACCACAGAUACAGUAUAGAGAGUUUCAUAGAUAAUGCCAACUCAGACAAUUCCAGAGUGGAUUUUCGUGUAACAUCUGUAGCUGCUUCUCAUCCAAUACUAAAUCUUCUCGAUGAUGUAUCCACUUGGAAUCCAGGUAAGAAAUUAAAAGCCCAGAUGUACUGGUUAUUGUUAAAACCGAGUAAGUUUAUCAUAUUUGAGAAAACAUCAUUAUUGGUCAUUUUGAAUAUCCGAAAGAGAUGA